AUGGAUACGAAGAAAAGGAAGAGGAAGGUCCUGCUCAUGGGGAAGAGCGGAUCCGGCAAGUCCUCCAUGCGCUCCAUCAUCUUCAGCAACUAUGUGGCCAAGGAUGUGCGUCGUCUGGGUGCGACAAUUGAUGUUGAGCAUAGCCAUGUCAAAUUCAUUGGCAAUUUAACUUUGAAUCUUUGGGAUUGCGGAGGACAAGAUGCGUUCAUGGAAAGCUAUGUUGGGUCACAGCGUCAGAACAUUUUCACAGACGUCGCGGUCCUGGUGUAUGUUUUUGAUAUUGAAUCCCGCGAAGUGGAGCGCGACCUGGACACAUACAAUGCGAUCAUCGUUGCCCUGCAAGAAUCCAGCCCCAGUGCCUUUGUCUUUUGCCUCAUCCACAAACUGGACCUGAUCCAGACCGAACACCGUCAACGAGUCUGCGAAGAACGCUCCGCCUUGAUCCGCUCCCGCUCCGAGUCCUUUGAGAUUGCGACGUUUGGAAGCAGCAUCUGGGAUCAAUCGCUCUACAAGGCCUGGGCCGGGAUCGUGCACAAGUUGAUUCCCAACCUGUCGUUCAUUGAGCGGUUUCUCAACGCGUUUGCGGAAAAGAUUGAUGCGGAGGAGAUAGUUUUGUUUGAGAGGUCGACCUUCCUCAAUAUCACGUCCGUCACGUCGGAUGUCGGGAAUAUAAACCCCAUUUUCGACCGGCAUGAGCGCCUUUCGAAUAUCAUGAAAGCCUUCAAGCAUUGCGCCGCGAGAAACACGCAUACCACGCCUGGAUCGGCCAACUUGGUUGUCAUGCACACCAAAACACCGCAAUUCAACGUGUUCCUGGGCAGGUUUACGGAUAAUACGUACAUCUUCGUCGUGGUGCCGCCGGGUGAAGCUGCCUACAACUGUGCCGUACUGAACAUCAUGCUGGCGCGAGAAGGGUUUGCGAAAGCCGCGGCAGAGGGACAGGAUGCAUUUGCAUUAGCGUACGGUGAUCCGAACGGCGAAGGCGCUGCGGAGGGGUCUGCCGCCGGGCCUUUUCAAACAUGA